CCCUGGUUACGCCGGGUGGCGGCGGUGGGGGUCCCAGGCUCAGCGGGGGCCAUUUUGCCGGAGGCUGGCUCCGGGCGUGGAAGGCCCGAGCGGCCUGGCAGCGGACCGGAGCCGUUCCUUCUCUUCCUCUGCAGCUCGGGGCUUGGAGAGGAGCUGGAAGGCUGGGCUUCAUCCAGCCCUCCCAAGACGGCAAUGGUUCCCUCCAGCUCUCGCUACCUGACGACCCUCCAUGGCGGCCGCGCCUUCGGAGCUGCUCCCGCUGCCGCCUCCCGCGACCCCUGGUUCCUAUCGCCUCCUGAGCCGCUGUCGUCCUUACGCCCCAGGGACUGAUGGUCGUCGAUCCCGGGGCACAAUGAGAGGCGAGAAAAACUACUACUGCCGCGGGGCGGCCGGGGAUCACGGCUCCUGCCCCGCGACGCCGUCGCCUCUGGCCUCGACCCUCCUGUUACCGGCGGAGGCGGUUUCAACUAGCUGGGCCGGUCCUGGAAGUGGGCUGUCGGGCGGAGAUGAGGAGGAGACUCGGCUUCUUCAACUCCUGCGCACCGCACCGGAUCCUUCCGAGGCGUUCCAGGCUUUGCAGGCUGCCUUGCCGCGGCGAGGCGGCCGGCUGGGCUUUCCCCGCCGCAAGGAAGCCUUAUAUCGGGCGCUGGGCCGAGUGCUUGUGGAAGGCGGUAGUGAGGAGAAGAGGCUCUGCUUGCAGCUCCUCUCGGACGUUCUUCGGGGUCAGGGCGAGGCGGGUCAGCUGGAAGAGGCCUUCAGUUUAGUGCUUUUGCCUCAACUCGUCGUCUCGUUACGAGAAGAUAACCCUGCCCUGCGGAAAGAUGCGCUGCAGAUCCUGCAUAUUUGUCUUAGGCGUAGUUCUGGGCAGGUCCUGCGAACUCUCAUCCAGGGCCUGGAAAGUCCAGAUGCCCGGCUUAGAGCUUCCACUGCGCUGCUGCUCCCUAUCUUGUUCACUCCUGAGGAUUUGUUGCUGGGUUUGGAUCUCACUGAAGUAAUAAUAUCUCUGGCCCGAAAGCUUGGCGAUCAGGAGAUGGAAGAAGAGUCCGAGACAGCAUUCUCGUCACUUCAACAAAUUGGAGAACGACUUGGUCAAGAGAGGUUUCACUCCUACAUCUCGCGUUUGCCUUCUGCGCUGAGGAGGCACUACAAUCGCCGCCUGGAGUCCCAGUAUGGAAGUCAGGUUCCUUAUUAUUUGGAGCUGGAAGCCUCUGGGUUUUCUGAAGAUGCUGUCCCAUGUGUAGUGAAUCUUUCCAGUAGCAAUCUUAAAUUUGGGAUUAUUCCCCAGGAACUCCAUGCAAGAUUGUUGGAUCAGGAAGAUUAUAAAAACAGGACUCAGGGUGUUGAAGAACUAAAGCAGUUGCUGGGAAAAUUUAACCCAAGUUCGACCCCUCAUUCUAGUCUCGUUGGUUUCAUUAGCUUAUUGUAUAACUUGCUAGACGAUUCCAAUUUCAAAGUGGUCCAUGGCACACUUCAAGUUCUCCACUUGCUGGUCAUUCGCCUGGGAGAGCAGGUGCAACAGUUCCUGGGACCAGUCAUAGCAGCUUCUGUGAAAGUGCUGGCAGAUAACAAGUUGGUGAUCAAGCAGGAGUACAUGAAAAUCUUCCUAAAGCUCAUGAAAGAAGUGGGUCCUCAGCGGGUGCUUUCUUUGCUCCUGGAAAACCUUAAACAUAAGCAUUCCAGAGUACGGGAGGAAGUAGUGAACAUUUGCAUCUGUUCCCUCCUGACCUACCCCAGUGAGGAUUUUGACUUACCCAAACUGUCCUUUGAUCUUGCUCCAGCUCUUGUGGAUAGCAAACGCAGGGUACGCCAGGCAGCUUUAGAGGCCUUUGCUGUUUUGGCUUCAUCAAUGGGCUCAGGUAAAACCAAUGUUCUUUUUAAAGCUGUAGAUACUGUUGAAUUGCAGGAUAAUGGCGAUGGAGUGAUGAAUGCCGUGCAGGCCCGAUUGGCCAGAAAAACUCUUCCACGGCUAACAGAACAGGGAUUUGUGGAGUAUGCAAUACUUGUGCCGUCUUCUGCCCAGGGCAGGUCAAGCCAUUUGGCACAUGGAGCAGAUACAGACUGGCUUAUGUCCGGUAACAGGACUCAGAGUGCACACUGCUACUGUGGUGACCACACCAGGGACAGCAUGCAACUUUACGGAUCCUACAGUCCAACUAUCUGUACCCGAAGGGUUUUAAGUGCUGGAAAAGGGAAAAAUAAGUUACCAUGGGAAAAUGAGCAGCCUGGAGUCAUGGGAGAAAACCAGACCUCCAAUUCCAAGGACAUUAAAGAUACAGAGCAGUUUUCAGCUCAUGACCUUAUCCUGUCUCCAAAAUUCAAGCCCUCUCAAGGAAUGCCAGCCAGUGAUGAUUUAUGUUUUAGCAAAAAAAGAUCAUCAAGGAACUUAUUUCAGAGUAGCCAGGACUUUAACUCAGAGUCAGUUCCUACAUGUGGUGCUGUAUAUGCCAGCAUUAAUUUUGGCAGUAAGACACAGCAAACAUUUGGUAGUCAAUCAGAACGAACUUCUUCAUACUCUGGUUCAAAUGCAAGUCCAGGAUCCUUUAUCCUUCCAUCCUAUCCUCUCUCAUCACCUCGAACUAGUCCAAAGCACACAUCUCCUCUUUCUGUAUCACCAAAGAAAUCUCAAGAUAAUUCCAUUAGUUUCUCAAAUUCUUGGCCUCUUAAGAGCUUCGAAGGACUAUCAAAGCCAAGUCCACAGAAAAAGCUUGUCAGCCAGAAGUCAUCUGACCCUACAGGAGAAAAUUUUCAAGAAAAAACUACUGCAGUUCAACUUACACCUGCCUUGGUGAGAUCACCUUCUUCCCGAAGAGGCCUAAAUGGGACAAAACCUGUCCCUCCCAUACCAAGGGGGAUAAGCCUUUUGCCUGAUAAAGCUGACUUAAGCACAGUGGGACACAUGAAGAAACAGCCUGAUGAUAUUUGGAAAAGUGAGAAAGAUAAUCUUACAAUUGAUCUUUCAGAAUUGAAUUUCAGAGAUAAAGAUUUGGAUCAGGAAGAGAUGCAGAGCUCUCUUAGGUCCCUUCGAAAUAGUGCAGCUAAGAAAAGAGCCAAACUCAGCGGCAGCAGCAGCACCUCUGAUGUUGACAGUCCCGACUCUGCCAUGAAGCUUGAGCUGACCAUUGACUCUCCGUCCCGAGCGUCCUCUCCAAACAUCAGCUCUUACAGUGAAAGUGGAGUGUAUAGCCAAGAAUCAUUGACCUCGUCUCUUUCUACAACUCCCCAGGGGAAGAGAAUAAUGUCAGACAUAUUUCCCACAUUUGGAUCAAAACCUUGUUCAACAAGACUUUCUUCUGCAAAGAAAACCUCCCAUGCUGCUGAACACAGUCCCAGUACAGGGAUAACAACACCCAGUGUAAGCAUAAUUGGUCAACGUAUGAACUAUGGGUUUGGAUGUGGUGAUUUUGAAGAUGAUAGGUCACAUGACAUUUCACCUAGUGCUUUAAAAAUACAAAAUAAGGAACACCCAAGGCAAAAGCAUACAAAAGGAUUUACUAGGUCAUCAAAUUUACAGCAGAUUUCCAGUUUUGACUUCACAUCUACAAACACCUUAUCCGAAGACUCAGUAGUAAUUGUUGGAAAAGGUGUAUUUGGAAAUCCAAAUUCAGCAACUUGCAGCCAGCCAAUAAUAUCCUCUGUGGAAAAUGAGGAUACGUUUUCAGUGAAACCAAGCAUUGAACCACCGUCAGGGAUUUAUGGAAGAGCAGUCCAGCAUAAUACUCCACUGUAUCCUGAUGUUGAAAAUGACAAAGAUACUAAAGUUUCUAUUGCAAAAUCUACUUAUGAAAAAAUGAGACAAAAGAGAAAGGAAGAAAAAGAACUUUUUGAUGCUAAAGAUUGUGAACGGAAAGAGACGAAUUCCUGGGAACGAAUAAAACAUCUAGGACUUGAGAAAAUGACAUCCGAGAAUGAACCAUCUUCUGGAGUCAUUCCACAAUAUAAAGAACGAAUGUCUUCUGUCACUCACAGUCCAGAGAUAAUGGAUUCAUUAGAACUACGGCCAUUUUCCAAACCAGAGAUAGCACUUACAGAAGCCUUACGGCUUUUAGCCGAUGAGGACUGGGAGAAGAAGAUGGAGGGACUGAAUUUUGUCCGGUGCUUAGCUGCUUUUCAUUCUGACCUGUUGAACACAAAAUUGCAUGAAACAACCUUUGCAGUAGUUCAAGAGGUGAAAAAUUUACGCUCUGGAGUGUCCCGUGCUGCUGUGGUAUGCUUAGGUGACCUUUUUACAUACCUGAAAAAGAACAUGGACCAAGAACUAGAUAGUGCAGUAAGAGCUUUAUUGCACAAAGCUGGAGAAUCGAAUACCUUCAUAAGGGAAGAUGUUGACAAGGCAUUGAAAGCUAUGGCUAAUAAUGUAACCCCUGCACGUGCAGUCACUUCUCUCAUCAAUGGAGGACAAAGCCAUCUGCACAUUGCAGUAAGAAGAUGUACAGCGCAGCACUUAGCAGAUAUAGUAGAAUGUAUGGAACCAGAGCGAAUUUCAUCUGGAACAAAGGAUAUGGCUGAUCGUUUAUUGCCUGCUGCUGCUAAGUUUGCGCAAGACAGCUCACAAGAAACCAGAGUUAACCUUGUAGGAUUCCUUACACCGAAAGCUAAUUUUGAUAGUAAAUGCAUUUUCUAUUGUUAUAAGAGUUCAUUUGUAAGCUAUUCCUCUGCUAGUUUUAAGAUGUCUCCCAUUGACUUACAGGGUUUGGGAGAGAUACCUCUAGACACACCAUCAGCAAAAGGAAGGCGAUCUCAUGCUGGCAGUGUUGGGAACACAAGGUCGUCAUCUGUUUCUCGAGAUGCUUUCUGUUCUUCUGAGAGGAAUAAACAUUGUUAUACUUUAAGUAAUUUACCAGUUUAUUUCCAGAUCUUUGAUGCUUUUAAGUCUCGACUUCAUGAUUCUAACAGCAAAGUGAAUCUGGUGGCUCUAGAAACAAUGCACAAAAUGAUUCCUUUACUUAGAGACAACUUGUCUCCUAUAAUCAAUAUGCUGGUCCCUGCAGUUGUGGAUAACAACCUGAAUUCCAAGAAUCCAGGCAUCUAUGCUGCAGCCACAAAUGUUGUUCACGCACUGAGUCAAUAUGUAGACAAUUACUUGCUUCUACAGCCAUUUUGCACAAAAGCUCAGUUUCUAAAUGGAAAAGCAAAACAAGAUAUGACAGAAAAGCUUGCUGAUAUUGUUACGGAGCUUUAUCAAAGGAAGCCUCAUGCCACAGAACAGAAAGUGCUGGUGGUUUUAUGGCACCUCUUAGGAAAUAUGACACAUAGUGGCUCCCUGCCUGGAACUGGUGGAAAUAUACGAACAGCCACAGCUAAAUUAUCAAAAGCACUUUUUGCACAGAUGGGUCAGAAUCUAUUAAAUCAGGCUGCAUCUCAACCACCACAUAUCAAAAAAAGUUUAGAGGAAUUACUUGAUGCGACAGUUUUAAGUGAAUUAUGAGUUUUUGAUGAACUAGUUGUGAUGAACAAUUUACGUGAUGACAGAUGAAAUCUUUUUAAACUUACAUUUUUUAUUUUGAGUGCCUGAAUUUCAUGUCUAGUAAAUUAAGUCAGGGGCUAUGUUUAUUUGCAGCCUACCUGUGAGUUCAGAUCUGUCCUGAUAGCCAUCACAUGAAAACCUAAAAUAAUUAAUAUAAACUAAUACGAAAUAUAAACUGAUAUGAAAUCCAUGGCACCUGGGAUGAACUAAAUUUUAAAUAUUUUUGGGAAAAAUCUUGCUCAUUUGCACUAUUCUAUAGAAACUGCAAUUUGUUGCCCCAUAUGUACAAUUAGAUUUGUAAUUAAAAAUAUACUUUUUAUUAUGUAAUCAUGUUCUGUUACGUCUCAUUACUCUGUCUUGUUUUAUGAAGUGGAAGAAAAGUCAUUUAACUGUUAUCACAAAAUAAGUCUUGUGUGCUGUUUGUGAAUAACAUGUUUUGAAACAGUCUGCUAAUAUGAUUAUGCAGUAUUAGCUUCCUAUAGCUGCUGUGUUACUAUGAUAUAUUUGCUAAACUUUUGGGUUUAAUCAUCUGCACAAUUGUGAAAUUUAAGAGUUAUAAUAAAGCAUGAUGACCAAAGCUUAGAAAACAUUAAACAUUUGAAUGCACGUUCAAGAAACGUGUUGAAUGUAACUUUAUUUUUUGUGCAAACACUAAAUUUUUAAUUUGUGUAUGUCUGUCCAUUUAUAAAGGUGUUAUUUUGCUGCCCAGUUGUGUAAUUCUCAAAAAUAGUGCCAGGUCUUCUAUAGUUUUUCUCAGAAUUCUUGGGCUUACAAGUACUGUAUGCAUCUUAAAGAAGAAAAGGAAUGUUUAAAAUAAAAGGAUUUAUUUCUGUAGAUGUGUGACAGGUGUCCUAUUUUUCUA